UGCUAUUUUACUUGUGUAUGUCUAUGUAUACAGUACUUUUAGUUCAUGCCAGUGUACGGUAGCAUAGCUAUUGUAUAGUGACAUCCUGGCAAAUAAAAUUGUUUAAUUAAUAUUGUGAAAAUGAAAGUAAUGGUAGUAGUAUUAACGAUGUUUGAAGUAAUAUAUGUCGUGACCGGCUCCAACAUAUUAAAUACAAUUUCGGGACAAAUUACAAGAAAAGCACGGGCCGAUGAAUCCGAAAAUCCGUGUAAAAACACCGCACCACCUAGGCCUGACUUCUCAGCGCCUGGUCGAAGGAUUAGUGAAGCAAAGUGUUAUGAAUACAUUUGGGAGACAAAGAAAAGACAGGACGACUUAAUAAGAACCAAUAAAUGUUCAGAGUGGAUAAAAAAGAAUCAACGUGGUAUACCUUCCGUACCUUAUGUGAUUGCUGGUCGGCCAACCACACCAGGUGAAUUUCCCCACAUGGGUGCUGUAGGAUGGAAAGCUGCUGUUGGUACCUGGAUAUUCAAGUGCGGCAGUUCCUUAAUCAGUCCGAAAUUCCUGCUCACUGCUGCUCACUGCUCUAAACUAUCCUCACGUGACACCAGUGUGGCAAACCCUGAACCGGAGAUCGUAAGACUAGGAGAUAAGAAUAUUGCUGAUGUUUUUUCAAAUGGCGUCUACCCACAAGAUGUGAAAAUCAAAAGAAUUGUAAAACAUCCGAACUUCAGCGCGCCCAAGAAAUACUUCGAUAUUGCGAUAAUUGAAAUAACGUCUGAGCUUAUGUUCACAAAAUUAGUUCAACCAGCUUGCCUAUGGACCAACUACGAUACAAGCCAACUUGGAACAAAGGCGACUCUUACAGGAUGGGGUGUCAUAGAAUCAGGUGGAAGAAAGACAUCCCCAGAGUUACUAGCAGCGGACGUUGACAUUAUUGAUUCAGAUGAAUGUCAAAGUUUACUUCGACUCUAUUUUAAUCGCCUCUGGAGGGGGGUAGACUUGCAUCAGCUUUGUGCUGGAAAAUUAGCAGGAGGUGUUGACGCAUGUCAGGGGGACUCAGGUGGACCUCUGCAGGUAAAGAUACCUUUACCAGUAACGUCACAAGGAUCAAUGCACUACAUCAUUGGAAUUACAUCCUUUGGUGCUGGCUGUGCACAGAAAAACAUUCCUGGAAUAUAUACAAGGGUCGCCAGCUUCAUUGACUGGAUAGAAGAUGUGGUCUGGAGAGGGUUAUGA